AUGGAUGGCAUAUUUCGACGAAUAUUAACAGCUAUAAUGCAUGCUAAUUGUAGCUGUAUCAAUAGACGUCGACGAAGUACCCGUACUACAGAUCAACCAACAACUAAUCUUUUCGAUCAAACACAAAAAGAAUGUGAGAUAAAAGAUGUAGCCAUACCAGAACUCUCUCGAUCUGUCACAAUAUUACAUAAACGGGCUAGAAUUUCUGAAUCAAGCUCAAUUCUCUUUGGUAAUACUUGUUUGCGUUUAGUAAAUAUCGCAUUUCAUACUAGUCAAACAUUUCCUGCCAUGAUGAAUACGUGUGCUACUAUUAGUCAAUAUUUAGAACAAGAAUUGACAACUCAAUGGCCUGAUCUACAUUAUCAUAUAGUUAUUGCAGAAAACAGUGCUUUCGGUUUUUGUAUUAACAAUGGUGAUCAUUUCGCAGAAAUCAAACAAGAACAAUAUUGCGUUUUGAUUUUCACAACUAGUAGCAGCACUGAAAUUAAAUAUAGUAAAAAUGAUGCUAAUGCCAAUAUGGAACUUAAAUGGAACGUGUAG